AUGGGUUCUCCGUUAUCACCUAUUUUAGCAGAUAUUGUGAUGGAUGAUUUGGAGACACAUUGUUUGAGUCUACUUGGGUUUGCGGUUCCUGUAUAUUAUAGAUACGUAGAUGAUAUUUUUGCUAUUGUUCCACGUGCAAAUGUUGACGAGAUUAAUUUGAUUUUCAAUAGUUAUCAUCCACGUUUAAAAUUCACACAUGAAAUAGAGUCGGAUUCAUGUAUCAAUUUUUUAAACACCAAUGUUAUCCGUUCCAACGGAAAAAUUUUAACAAACUGGUAUAGAAAAGCUAUGUGUUCCGAUAGAUACAUAAAUUUUUAUUCGAGCCAUCCUUUUAAAUAUAAGUUGAACACCAUUUUUAAUCUUGUUGACCAUGCUAUUUUACUAUCUGACGACCAGUUUCAUGGAAAAAACAUUGAUGUCGUGAAGCAGAUCUUACUUAAUAAUUGUUUUCCGACACACAUUGUAAAUCGUUAUAUUUGUAAGAGACUGAAUUUUUUGAAACACCGGAGCAGUAGCAUUCUAGGUGAUGGGGAAAUUGAUACAGACAAACCCUCCUACAUCGCACUACCGUUUGUCGAAGGCUUGAGUGACAAUGUUGGUCGGUUGCUUAAAAAUAUGGGACUGACAGUGGUUUACAAUAUACCUAAAAAAUUAAAUUCACUGAUUAAACGCGGCAAGGAUAGCUUGCCUAUUAGCAAUAGAACGGAGGUUGUUUACAAAAUAAAUUGUAAGAAUUGUAGCGCUUCGUAUAUUGGCCAGACAAAAAGACACUUAAGCACCCGAGUCAAGGAACAUUGUAAUAAUAUAAAAAUGCACGAAAGUAAUUUAUCCGUAAUUAGCAAACACAAAUUAAAAUUUGAUCAUGACUUCGAUUGGUCAGCGCCUGAUAUUCUACAUAACGAAAAACAUGUAAGAAAGAGAGAAAUAGCUGAAAUGUUUUUUAUUAAAAAAUUUGACAACACUAUUAAUUCCCAAAAAGAUACAGAGAAUUUAAACAACAUAUACGAUAAAUUAAUAAAGGUCGUUUAGUUGAUCUCAGUAUUCCAAACAUAGUGGUUGACACAAUGUCAGUUUGACAUUUCGAUUUUUCUCUUUCUACUUUUUAAUUAUAACGUAAGUUGCUUAAUCUUAUUUUUUUCUUUGUAACAUGACUAUCAUUAUUUAUUGUAUUGUAAUUUUAGUUUCACUUGAUAAGGAAACCAAAACCAUAUGGUCGAAACGUCGUGAUAUAAUAAUCAAACAAUAAAUUGCCAGUUUGGUCGUAUAAACACUUGUUUUUUAAAAAUAAUUAUGUGCAUGUAUAUGCAUAUAUAUUUUUUUUUUUUUCAAUAAUUUCAACACACGCAAGCAUGUAUUAUAAUUCGCGAUUUAUCAUUAUUGUUACGAGGACCUGCGUAUCUUUUGGCUAUGAUAUUAUCCAUACUAACAAUGAGGUUCUAUAAAGUGUAGAAAUUCAUAUGAAAUGUGACACGCGUUGUAAUUGUCAGGUGCACAUUCUCAUAGCAAAGUGAAAGAAGGGAAGCUGAAAUAAAAGCAACAUGACACAUAACAGGGCCGCAUGUAUGAGCGUUGUUUACAAUGAGAUUACAUUUUGAGUUAAAUUAUUUUUUUAAUUUUGCCAGGUUGAGUUUAUCAAUGCAAUAAAUAGAGUUCAUUUAUAAUUAACAAAUAUAUAUUAUUUUGUAAUAUAUGUAAAUUUAAUUAUAUUAAUUAAAAGAAUUAUAU